GUGGUGGAGUGCCGCGUUCUCAGUGCCGCCCACGAUGAAUGCUACUGGCCAGAGCUGGGAUAAAUGAUUCAAUCUCGGCCAAGCCAAUGCAACGUGCUGCUGCUGCUGCCGCCCGCCUGCGUCAAGUCAAAUGCAACAUUAGAAAAAGUAAGUAAGAUUAAUGAAUUCCGUAGCCUGAUGCUGCUCUCUUUGUUGAUCCCAUCCUUCGGUGUCGUCCCAUCGUCCCAUGCUUAUAGUCCUGGGUUUUCCUGGGUCCGACGAACGGCUUACCUCGGUAGCUUUUAACACACCUAUUUACCUACCUGGGUACCUUAAGUAGGUAUAUAAGAGCUCCCCUCUUCCCCAGAGCCAGCUUCGAGGUUGCAUUGCGUGACGUGCCUGUCUCUCCCUUGUUUUGGUCGUUGUUGUCGUAGUCUCCCGCCGACUACCAAACCCAUCCGCAAAUCAGCACAACAGCAGGUUUCGUUCCAAUCGUGAAACCUGACACAGGUCGCUUGUUGUUGCUGUUGUCCGUGAGCCAGAAUGCGUCUAAACUCUAGCCUGGCCGCAUUAGGAGCUCUGUCGCUCCCAAUUGCUUCGGCCGACUACGCCACGAACGGGCCUGACGAGAAUGGUCUGUACUGGAUCCGCAGCGACGGCCUAGACGCGGCCUUCAUCCCAUACGGUGCCUCGAUCUCCAGAUUGCUCAUCAAUGACCAGUAUGGCAUCCAGAGAGACAUCGUAGGUGGCUUUGACAACGCCAGCUACUAUGAGGUUGACAAGCAGCACCCACACUUCGGCGGAGUCCCCGGUCGCUAUGCGAAUCGUAUCAAGAACAGCACGUUCGAGAUUGAUGGUGUUACUUACAACGUCGACCCGAACGAGAACCCUACCGCGGCCGCGCCCGACGGCGCCGACACCCUACACGGCGGUCACGACGGCUGGGACUUUAGGAAUUUCACCGUUGUCUCACACACCAAGGACAGCAUUACGUUCUCAAUCGUCGACCCCGACGGCAAGGAAGGCUUCCCAGGUGAGGUAGUCUCGUAUAUCACCUACACCGUCAAUGAUUAUACUUGGGAUUUCAAGAUGGUCGCCAUCGCCACUACAAAGAAGACCCCCAUUAUGCUCAGCAGCCAUACUUACUGGAAUCUGGAUGGCUUUGCCAACAACGAGACUAACACCGCCCUCAACCACACCUUAUACUUGCCCUACAGCGGCCAGCGCAUUGGUGUCGACAACAUUCUGAUUCCAACUGGAGACAUCCUUGCAAACAAGAAGGGGUCCGUCAAUGACUUUUGGAGUGCUCCCAAACAAAUUGGCGCCUCUUUGAACGACCCCGAGGCCGUAAACAACUGUGGCCUGGGCUGCACAGGUUAUGAUAAUGCCUGGCUCAUCAGCCGCCAGGAGCCGUACAAUUGGCGUGACGAGGGCAAUUACGUUGCACGUCUUCACUCUCCAUGGUCAGGCAUUCAGGUUGACAUCUAUACCGACCAGGAAGCAUUCCAGGUGUAUUCAUGCAACGGUCAAAACGGUACAUUGACACUCAAGGAGACCCAAGGACUUCAUGACGAACCGGACUUCCCUCGUACGAUCCCUCGAUACGGCUGUGUCGUAAUGGAAGUCGAAGAUUGGAUCGAUGGCAUCAACCACCCAGAAUGGGGACGCGAGAGCAAGCAGAUCUUCGGACCCGGUGGCGAUCCCUACGUCCUUCAGGCUAGUUAUGUCUUUUCCAUUAAUUCCACUGCAACGUCGUAGAAUGGCGAUUGCAGUGGGACAGACUUACAAUUCAAAUGUAAUAAUUUAGUAUCACUCCAUGAUACAAAUAGACCCGUGGUGUGAUUUUCUCUUUCCUCGUAGCUAUCACGGCCAUGUUCACGCUAAUUACGCUUUAUCAUUGAUACACCUAAAGAACUGAUAUGAGUACCAUGCUAUUGUACAAACACAAAUAAUUGGGCACUUUUUCUCAUGAUUGAAGUCUCUUUCAGAUACUGAGCACAAUUAGCUGAACGUAAAGGAUAACAAUCGCAUUCUACUUGCUUUGCUUAAUUUUCACAAUGCUUGAUCGCAGAUAAAGCAGAAGUGAAGAUCUCUCUUCUUUGUUACUAGCAGCCUUGUAGUCCUG